AAUAAUAAUAAUAAUAAUAAUAAUAAUAAUAAUAAUAAUAAUAAUAAUAAUAAUAAUAAUAAUAAUAAUAAUAAUAAUAAUAAUAAUAAUAAUAAUAAUAAUAAUAAUAAUAAUAAUAAUAAUAAUAAUAAUAAUAAUAAUAAUAAUAAUAAUAAUAAUAAUAAUAAUAAUAAUAAUAAUAAUAAUAAUAAUAAUAAUAAUAAUAAUAAUAAUAAUAAUAAUAAUAAUAAUAAUAAUAAUAAUAAUAAUAAUAAUAAUAAUAAUAAUAAUAAUAAUAAUAAUAAUAAUAAUAAUAAUAAUAAUAAUAAUAAUAAUAAUAAUAAUAAUAAUAAUAAUAAUAAUAAUAAUAAUAAUAAUAAUAAUAAUAAUAAUAAUAAUAAUAAUAAUAAUAAUAAUAAUAAUAAUAAUAAUAAUAAUAAUAAUAAUAAUAAUAAUAAUAAUAAUAAUAAUAAUAAUAAUAAUAAUAAUAAUAAUAAUAAUAAUAAUAAUAAUAAUAAUAAUAAUAAUAAUAAUAAUAAUAAUAAUAAUAAUAAUAAUAAUAAUAAUAAUAAUAAUAAUAAUAAUAAUAAUAAUAAUAAUAAUAAUAAUAAUAAUAAUAAUAAUAAUAAUAAUAAUAAUAAUAAUAAUAAUAAUAAUAAUAAUAAUAAUAAUCAUAAUCAUAAUAAUAAUAAUAAUAAUAAUAAUAAUAAUAAUAAUAAUAAUAAUAAUAAUAAUAAUAAUAAUAAUAAUAAUAAUAAUAAUAAUAAUAAUAAUAAUAAUAAUAAUAAUAAUAAUAAUAAUAAUAAUAAUAAUAAUAAUAAUAAUAAUAAUAAUAAUAAUAAUAAUAAUAAUAAUAAUAAUAAUAAUAAUAAUAAUAAUAAUAAUAAUAAUAAUAAUAAUAAUAAUAAUAAUAAUAAUAAUAAUAAUAAUAAUAAUAAUAAUAAUAAUAAUAAUAAUAAUAAUAAUAAUAAUAAUAAUAAUAAUAAUAAUAAUAAUAAUAAUAAUAAUAAUAAUAAUAAUAAUAAUAAUAAUAAUAAUAAUAAUAAUAAUAAUAAUAAUAAUAAUAAUAAUAAUAAUAAUAAUAAUAAUAAUAAUAAUAAUAAUAAUAAUAAUAAUAAUAAUAAUAAUAAUAAUAAUAAUAAUAAUAAUAAUAAUAAUAAUAAUAAUAAUAAUAAUAAUAAUAAUAAUAAUAAUAAUAAUAAUAAUAAUAAUAAUAAUAAUAAUAAUAAUAAUAAUAAUAAUAAUAAUAAUAAUAAUAAUAAUAAUAAUAAUAAUAAUAAUAAUAAUAAUAAUAAUAAUAAUAAUAAUAAUAAUAAUAAUAAUAAUAAUAAUAAUAAUAAUAAUAAUAAUAAUAAUAAUAAUAAUAAUAAUAAUAAUAAUAAUAAUAAUAAUAAUAAUAAUAAUAAUAAUAAUAAUAAUAAUAAUAAUAAUAAUAAUAAUAAUAAUAAUAAUAAUAAUAAUAAUAAUAAUAAUAAUAAUAAUAAUAAUAAUAAUAAUAAUAAUAAUAAUAAUAAUAAUAAUAAUAAUAAUAAUAAUAAUAAUAAUAAUAAUAAUAAUAAUAAUAAUAAUAAUAAUAAUAAUAAUAAUAAUAAUAAUAAUAAU